AUGAAUGAAAGACGAUAUCGUGAUUGUGUCGUUGUAUAUUCCCGUAUUAGAGCUUCAAAAUGUGAUGCAUUAAGAACAGUGAAUCAACCUUUCAUUUCUCUCGCUUCCUCUCUCUUUCAACAAUCUCAUUAUGAUUCAUGGCUUGCUGCAGGAUUUCUAUCUAAAGCUUAUAAAUGUGUAAAAAAUGCAUAA